AUGCAAGCAGAAGAUGACGGAUUUGACAAGGGCUUUGUCAGGGGCAAAGGACCUGCUAGGGCACGCCGCAAGACAGCAGAUCAACAACUACAAGCUGAUGCCGAUGAGAGUGAGGGAGAACGAGAAGAGGCCACGUCUAGGUCGCAAAGAAGGAAAGAGAAAUUCGAGGCGAAGCGAGACAGAAAGAAGCUUGCCAAGGAUAUGAAAAAAGCGGAACAUGCGGCAUCAGCGGCUCUUGGGGCAACCAAGAAAUGUGCCGAGUGCAAAAAAACCUUGCCAUUGAGCGAUUUUUGGGAAGACCAGGGGCGAUGCAAGCAAUGCUCCAAAGAAAAGAAAGCCGUGAUUGACUUGGCCAGACGCCAAGGGGAGAUAGAAUGGUUCAAGACUUUGGAUGAGAAAGGCCAGGUCGAUCUCGGCAAGGCUUACAAAAAGGCCAAGACUCAGGCUGAGAAAGACCGCACGAAGGUGAAGUUCUCGAUCAAAACCUACAGAGAAAGUGUGGUCGCCAGCGCCGGACUUCGAGGAGAGCGUCGCAGGCGUCUCAUGAGCGAAAGUCAAUUCAUUGCAUGGGCCACCUCAGAUGACGGUGACAACCUCACCCGGCAACAAGCAGCAUCCAAGUGGGAGGAGAUGAAGAGCGACCCAACCUACAAGAAGGAGGGGCCAAAGGGGCCAAAGCAGAAGAUCUAUGUUCCAAUCCAUAAAGAGCUGGUCGACUUUGAAGAAAUCAGCCUGAUGCUCAUUUGUUUUGUCUGCAGCUGA